ACACUCUCUAUAUUAAGUCUUUGCCUUUGCGAACAAUGUCGCCUAAACACCCGACCACCAGAAAUGGAAACAGAAAGAAACUUAAGGAAAAAGCUUACUGAAUGUUACGCCGAAACAUCGGAGCCCCCGGUCAAUAAGGACACAAACACGGCGGUCCUGAAGAUGGAUUAUCUACUUCAGUCCUUUCAUUUUGAUCCUAACGAAGAGAUACUCACGUUAUACAGCUGGAACUAUUUCGAUUGGCAAGAUGAUAGAUUAACGUGGAAGCCUGAGGAUUACAAGGAUAUAAAGUCGACGCAAGUUUCAAGUUUUGACAUUUGGAGUCCAGGGCUGAAGCUGAUAAAUACGGCAGAUGCGGAUGAUUUUGACUUCCUCUACACAAAAUGCAGGUUGAACAGCACAGGCCACGUACAGUGCGUUAUCCAGACAGAACACAGAGUAUUCUGUACUUCUGACUUAACUAAUUGGCCUUAUGACACAAAGAGUUGCCUGCUCCAGUUUGACCCAUGGCGACCGCAGGAAACCAAAGUGUUCUUCAGCUUCAGCCAUUACAUGCAGGCGUUACAAAAUGCUGGAUGGAAGAUCGUUCGCGUAAAGGUCUUCAAGAAUUUGACCACUGGAAUACAGUCUACCGUUAAAUUCCACUUUAAAAGACUCGCAGAGGGCCUAGAAGCUACUAUAGUGGUGCCAGCUUUUGUGGUAAGUGUGCUGACAGUGACGGCUCUCCUGUUGGACUAUAGAGAUAUCAACCGAUUGGGGAUACUGCUUAUGUCUUUGAUCAGCCAUUUCAUGUUUUCUAACGCAGUAUCCGAUAACACUCCUAAACAUAGUGCAAAUACUCCUGUCAUAUUGUCGUUCAUUAGCUGCUCUACGCUUUUGACUGUAAUUUGCUUUGUAUUAUCGUUUUGCUUUAGAUAUUUGGGAAAGAAGAAAACUCAACCCCCCACAUGGAUUGUUUCUUAUAAUGAUUUUGUCUUGGAUGGGUAUGGAAAAUAUGGAGUAUUUACAAAAUGGCAGGUGAUUGAGCGAGAUCCGGAUGUUAAACCGAAUGUAGAAUGGGUUAACUUUAUUAGUAUUGCUAAUAGCGUCUAUCUGUUCAUAGCGACAGUUACUUAUAUUUACUUGCUUUCGGCUUAUAUUCCAAAGAAGCCACGCUUCACAUUCUUUUUGGAUACUUAA